AUGCCAGACCUCACUGCCGCCGAGCUCAGCAUUCCGGCCGAGCAGCACCCCGAUCCCGCAAAGCCACUGGUGAUACCCGUCGACUCAACAGUGGUAGGCUCUACCCUGCGCUUCAUUCCGUGGUCUGUGGUGGGCAAUCCGGCCCUCCUCCAGCUGCCCCCUCCUCCUCCGGGGAUGCAACCGUCGUGGGUCCAGAUUCCGCAGUGGGUCGCCAUCAGUGCGCUGCUCGCCUUCAGUGAGCCCGAGCCCGCUGUGGCCACCCACUUUGACAGGCUCAGCGUCUUGCGGCUGGCCGUAUUGGCCGCGGCCUGGCGCCGCAUCCUCGGUGCCCUGUCCGACCUCGGCGUUUUCAGCACGGUGCACGUGGAUGAGGAUGCGUUCCGUACGGUGUGCAUCCAGGCUCUGCACUCCCGCCAAAUCCCGGUGCCCGAGCUCUAUCUGCAGUGGGGCGAUUUGGGGUACUCUGAGGCUAUCGUGCCCUUGGGACCAGCGCCAUCUGCAGAAGCGAAGGCCGUCGACUUCUUGCAGUACGCGACGGUCGGGGCUCUUUGCGACCCUACGGCCGACGUCCCGUUCGCAGCCCUGUCUGACAUGACCCGCUGCUUGGGGCCCGUCUUCACGGCGGCGGCGCGCGUCGAUCCCAUGGGGAGCGCCGUCGUGGGGGCUGCAUCGCUCGCCAGCCGACGCUGCGCGUUGGGCGGAGAGGGUGAUCGAUAUCAACCCGGGGGACAUACCGCCUGA